UCAACGUGUAUGCCACUUCACUGACAUGAGACAUCAUCUGAUUUUUUGUCACUCUGUCACUUAAUUGAUUUGUCACAUUUCAGAAGUGAAUAAAAUAAACUAGAUAAUUUCAUUGUGUUAAAAUUAUAUUAAGCUUCAUAAUGGAAUCCGAAGUAGUAAAAGAGAAAAUCCACACAGAGCCUAUGCUCAACGAUCCUCGCUAUAUUACCUUAUUGAGUUUGAUAGUUCUCAUUUUUACACUCGUUUUCUGGUGGUGUUUCUCCCGGCGUCGCACUCUCCGCAAGUCCGUGCUGUUGAUGGGCCUGUCCGACUCGGGCAAGACCCUGCUCUUUGUGAGGCUGGUCUAUUCACAGUUUAGACAAACAUUCACUUCUAUGAAAGAAAAUGUUGAGGAAUACAUAACUUCAAGUAAAUCAUUAAGACUUGUAGACUUACCUGGACAAGAGAGGUUGAGGAACAAAUUCUUUGACCAAUACAAAAGUAGUGCUAAAGCUAUUGUGUAUGUCAUUGACUCUGUUACCAUUCAAAAGGAAAUAAGAGAUGUCGCUGAAUAUUUGUACACUAUUUUGUCUGACCCUGUUACCCAGAGCAAUACACCACCAGUAUUAAUAUUGUGUAACAAGCAAGAUCAGCCGAUGGCUAAGGGGAGUCAAGUUAUCAAGAGCUUGUUGGAAAAAGAAAUAAAUCUAGUGCGUGUGACCAAGUCAAACCAACUCCAAUCGGUGGAUCCAUCGCAGAGCAACAAUGCGACAUACCUCGGCAAAAUCGGCAAGGAUUUCGAAUUCUCCCACAUCAACAUCCGCGUGGACAUUGCCGAAUGUUCGGCGAACACCGGCGACGACGAAAACCCCGUCGACAUCAAAACUGUCCAAGACUGGAUUUCCAAACUUUAAAUUAGGAUUAAAAUAAAUUUUGGCAUUUAAUAAGGUUUCCUAAGCCAAAAAAAAAAUGUGAGUGUUUUGCUCGCUCAAUAUCUCAUAUUAAUUUUGUUUGUAAAGUUUGCAAAUAUACAGUAAAAUAAACGUUUGCUUAAACAAGUCUCGAAUUUUACUCCUGCAAACAUUUUAUCAAAUUACUUUGAAUAUUUUUGUAUAUUUGUAUUACAUAUCGAAAACAUUUUUUUGGUAUAUGAUUCUCAAAUUGUAAUACUUAUGCAUUUAGUAUUUUGUAAGUCAAUAUUUUCUCGAGAAAUAAAUGACUGAUUUUUA